AUGUCUGAAUCAGAGAGUGGAAACUCAGAGAAUGGAGAACCUAGAAGGGAGAAAGGAAGAGUAAAUAAAGACAAACACAUAAAGGAAAAGGAAAAACAUGCGAGGCGACAUGAAUUGUUUGGGUCUCUUCAGAUGAACGGAACUCCAGAUUCCGGGAUUCAAGUCAGUGACUGCAAUCCGUCCCCUGCCCUCCAAAUCGCCCUCCCUCUCCCUUCCUCCACCCCUCCUCCUCUUAAUCCCCCCUACUCCGACUCCUGCCCUUCUCGUCCUCUCCAAUCCCCCCCGAUACCCCAUCCACUCCCCCUUCCCAAUCCCCGUCCCCACCUAAUCGUCCCCCAAUCUCCCCCCCCUCUCCCCCCCCCCCCCCCUUGUCAGCCCCACCCACUGCCCUCGCCCCCGCCGUCUCCUCCCACAGCGCUUCCUUGCCAUCCCACCUCGUCCGCCCCCCACAAUCCGCGAUCUCCCCCCCCUUCGAAUCAACUCCCAUCCAUCUCUCGCCCCACUCUCGACCCCGAUCCCCCACAAUUCUACACCCCCUCCUUGCCUCACCCCCCCCAUCCUCAACCCAUCCCUCUCCCCCCCACCCCCUCCCUCCUCCCCUCCCCACGCGCCCCGCCCGCCCCUCACGGCCCCCCUCCCCCUCUCCCCCCCCACCCAUCGGCGCCUCCUCCCCAGCUGCCCCCCGGCCCUCCAUCCCUUCCAGACCUCCCCCACCCUUCCUCCAAACUGCCGCUCCACCUCCUCAAUUCCACCACACCCCCCCCUGGCCCUCUGUCCCCAUCCCUCCCGACCCUCUCCAUCCCCCGCCCCUUUCCGCCCCCGACUCUCUCCCCCCCCCCCCCCCCCUCCCCUCCAAUCCCCCUCCGCCCCCCCCCCCCACUCCACCCACCCUCCCCCGCCCCGGUCCCAGCCCCCCGCUCCUCUCCCCCCGACCCCCACACCCACGUCCGCCAAUCCCCCCCCCUCACACCCGCCCCUCACCACCCGCCCUCGCCCCCACCUCCUCUCCCCCCCCGGCGACCCCCCGCCUUCCCCUCCUCCAUCCUCCUAUUCCCCAAAGCCUCUCUCCCUCUCCCCCGCCUCCCGCACCUUUCCCCCCCCCCCUCUCCCGCCUGUCCACGCCCUUUUUGCCUCACUCAAAACCAAUCCCACUCCCUUCCCCCCUGCUUCCAGCCCCCUUCCAAUCCCUACCCUAAAACGACACAAACCCCCCAUCCCCCAUGCAAACCUGCUCUACACGCAUCAACCCACACGAAAACCCCCAGGCCCUCCCUGCACAAAACUCCGGCCAACCUCACAUACCAACACAGUCACUCACCCCCUCCCGCACAAAAACCAAAAGUAUAA